AUGAAUGGCAAGAUAUUCACGUAUUUAAAAGCGUUGACAAGACUUUUGUGGAGACGGAAGGGUCGGAAGUGUCACAGAAUUGUGAGACACGACGUCUGGAAGGAUAAUAUAUGGGACUCCGGAGUACUACCGUUCCCUCACGAGUGGCAGUACGACAUGCCCUCACGACAUAAAUGCGAGGAUCUGUUGAUAUAUGGCGUGAAUUCAUCGAAACAAAGCAUUUAUAUUGCAAUCAAAUGGAGACCAAAAGGAGUGGACAAUCAAAUCAAAGCAUCAAUUAGUUUGAGAUUUGAUGACAACAACAGUAAUNAACAAAGCAUUUAUAUUGCAAUCAAAUGGAGACCAAAAGGAGUGGACAAUCAAAUCAAAGCAUCAAUUAGUUUGAGAUUUGAUGACAACAACAGUAAUAGCUAUACAUUAGAGGAGGACUCGGAGGUCGAGUACCGAAGGAAUGAGUUCAGAGUCAGUGGACUGGGAUUAGAGAUAUUAUCGCCUUUCAGACAGAAACGGAUUAAGUUUAGGGGAUAUCUCACCCGAAAUGACGGGACACUGGUUUACGUGAGGUUCCGGUUCCUGUGGUAUGCCGUCUCCAAAGUCUAUGAUUUUACCACUGAUUUUGAUGACCAUUUUAUGGCCAACGAGUGGUCAUUAUCACCGAAAUGUCACAAUUCUUGCAAUGACUUCGAAGACCGAUUCACACAAUUUGGUCAAAUGAAGGGCACGUUUCGGGUGGACUCGGAUCCAGAGGUUGUGUUAUACUUCUGGGGAUCUAUAAGAAAGGAUUCCUCACUAGUAUUGGGUUUGAAUGAAGUGAACGCAAAACGUGUUGAUAUAAGCGGAGGGAAAGGUAGCUCAUUGGCUGUCCUCAUGAGUCUCAGCGAACAGUUAGCUCAAGAAGACUACGAAAAUAAGUUUCUUGUGGCCAAUGGUGUGGUUGUGACCACUAAUGCAUAUCAACGACUUCUCGAGGAAUACAAAGAUCUGUCGCAUGAGAUCCAAGAAUUGGAGGAAUCGACAGAAUUGACACCAAAAGACCUAAAGAAUAAAUGCCAGGAAUUAAUGACUUGUAUAUCGAGUCAUAAAUUACCGGAAAUUAUAAAACAAGAAAUUAAACACAAAUUGAGUGACAAUUUCGCCGAUUUUGAGACAAAACUAUUUGCCGUCAGAUCUUCGGGAGCGUCGGAGGACUCCGAGGAGAUGUCGGCCGCCGGACAGAUGACCACAUACUUAGGCGUCAGAGGUCUGGAGGAGAUCUACUCGUCGGUCAUGAAGUGCUGGUCCUCACAGUUCUCGCACAUCGCCGUCGAGUAUAAGAGGGGUUACGGACAGCCUAUCAAUAGUCCGAUGGCUGUCGUCAUACAGGAGAUGAUUGGCUGCCAAUCGGCGGGAGUUAUGUUCACUUGUGAUCCCAUCACCGGUGAUGAGAGGGUACUGGAGAUCACCGGCAACUAUGGGUUGGGCGAAUCAGUGGUGUCGGCGUCAGCAGAACCCGACACAAUCAGACUGUCCGUCAACAUUAAGUCCAACUCCCUGUCCACACGAAGACAUGUCACGGAAAUUGUGUCUAAAGUGAUCGGACAGAAGAAGACGUCAAUCGUAUUAUCAAAAACCGGUGGCACUGUUGAGGAAGUGGUCGACAACAGCACCGACUGUUGCGUUAGAGAUGAGGAUUUGAUACGUUUGGCAGAUAUUGGACUUCAGAUUCACAGACAUUACGGAAACGCCAGAGAUAUUGAGUGGGGGCUAAAAGGGGGCCAAAUAUUUAUGCUUCAGUCAAGACCCGUAACCAAUUUAGACAACUCUUACACGGAAUACGAGAUUAUGCAUGAAAUGGAUUCCGGACACAAAUCCGAGUACGAGAUCUACACCCGAGCCCAUUGGGGCGAAAAUUUUCCCGGAGCAUCAUCUUGGAUAGUCUUCAGCUGGACCUUUGCCAAUAGAAAUGGAUUUUUCCGCUCCGGGAUCUCGCAGGGAAGGUAUAGGGAAGAGGAUUACAAUCCAUUCACACCGGCAAUGGGCGUCCAAUACAAUCAAAUGAUGUUUAACUUAACGAGUGGUCCGUUUGACUUCUUCACAGAUUAUCCAGAAUCGGUUCCCGCGAGUCAGGCAGUAGUGGCCCUCAUUGGUCACCACAUUGAGGACCCGGAUGUCUUAAACACGUUCAAAGAGAUCAGAAAAGAGGCUAAUCUACCGCUUUGGACACCAAUUAAGGCAUUGGUAUAUAUGGUUUAUGCGAUCAUAACUGGUCCCAGGAAUCUGAUUAAAACCAAAACCAAAUACAUGGAUGACAUGAAGUACGACUUGGUGUCCAAACUGAGACCAUUGUCCACAUCUAAGCAAAUUUUGGACACAAUUGUUGCCGAUUAUCACGUCUUAGUGACGGCUCAGUUUGAUAGACACGGACCCAUCUCAAUAGGAUCCACAUUGAAACACAUGCUCUUGAGGUUGACUAUGGAGGCCGCACAGGAAAACAACCCAAACCUGGAGUCGGACUUUAAUUUAAUGAUCUCUUCGUGCAAUGAUGUGAUCAGCGCUGAAGUGCCCAACAGUUUGCGGGAAAUCGCGGUCUCUGUCGCCGAUAAACACUUAUUUAGACAACUCAGCGAUGAGGAGGCGCUCUCUGUGCUCAUGGAGGCCGGGGAUGAGGCCUCACAUAAAUUCAAACAAUUUCUACAAACUCAUGGUCACCGGGGAUAUAGGGAAUUGGAUCCUAUGCACGAUCCCUGGGCCGACAAUCCCAUCCCUUGCGCAUUACUGUCGGCCAAUGAGUCACAUCUGGAGCCAAAAGUAGUCAAAUCCGUGGAUCAAGUGAUCGAUGAGCUCAAGACCCGGCUAUCAUUUGCACGAAAACUACUGAUUAGAAAGCUAUUACUCCCGUGGAGUCGGAGUGGAGUGGGAUAUCGGGAACUGUCGAAGUAUUUCAUGAUUUGGUUAAUUCACAGACAACGCCAGGGUUUCCGGUAUUUGGCGCGACAUAUGGUUAAUGAAGGACUCAUACCAUCGACGGAUACAUUCUUCUACUUAACCGCCGAAGAGGUGGUAAGUCUUUGUGAUGGAGACAGGAAUCCGUUAAUACUAUCAAAGGCCAGGCAUCGGAAGCGGUUGUACCCAAAAAUAGAUAAAUACAAGUUUGAGGAGUUCCUGAAGGGCCCGGAGAUGAGACCCAGAAAUUUUGAUGACAGUAUUAUACCACCAAAUCUGGGCACCGGUAUGAUUCAGAUGAGGGGAACGCCUGUCAGUAAUGGAUCAGUAAAGGCUAGAGUUUGUGUCUCUGAGGAUAUCACUGAUGCCGACAAUAUACAGCCGGGAGAUAUACUGAUCACAUACUCGACGGACAUCGGUUGGAGUCCAUACUUCCCUCUACUGUCGGGUAUUAUCACAGAAAUCGGUGGAACCAUAUCUCACGGGGCGGUCAUUGCCAGAGAAUACGGUAUUCCGAGUCUGAUAGCAGUGGAGGGCGCCUGUAGUGCCUUCACAACCGGAGAUAUUUGUGUUUUGGAUACUCAGACACAGACCAUCACUAAAGUCGAGUAAAUCCUUGUCUCCAAACUAUGAAUAA